AUGGUGGCGUAUGCUGCUUGUAGCAUUUUCAACUAUACAGUGGUUACGCCGGCGCAAACCGAAGGGGGAUUUGUGGUGAAUUUAACGACGACCUCGGAACCAGAUUUGGAAAGAUUUCAAGCAAACGACACGAUUGCCUACUUUCUGGAAACAAUUGAGCGGUACGCCAGCGGUAAAUCCACGUGCAAACCCGGAACAGAGUUCAAUCUUGGCAAGGGUGUUAUUCAACAGUAUGGAAUUAAUAAAUUCAAACGACAAGCCAUGCUUGCUGUGAAUCGCGCCAACCUAAUGACAAGAGUAUGGAAAAAUGCGUCUCGGUCUUUGCUGGAUUCCGAGUACUUUUUGUACUCACAGGUUCGAAACAUGGUCGAAGGCGAUCCGGACGUGUUCGCGGCCGGAAAUUGUUACGACUACAAAGAGUACAAGGGCAGGUAUCUGUUUUGCCCCUUUGCCUACAGAACUGAAAACGGUUCCAUAAACGUGAAAGACCUGUCCGUCGAGUAUGAUUACCUUGGAAACGGGUCCGACUGGUUUUUCGAAGCUCGCCAGAAUGCUAAGGAUGUAGCAAAAUUCGCGUACACCUACGGAACGACACAGUGGCGAUAUAAUCAAACUAUUCAUGAAGCCACAGAAGUUGAUUUCUCUCUGACUGUAACUUACGACGAUGGCCAUUGGACGCUUCCGUAUUUUGAUUGCGGCGGAGGCUUUAUCUGGAUGAUGACGUACACAGUUCCGUUCUUUGGUUACGAUAACGGAACGUUCCAUUUUAAAGGCACCAGUGGCAUUGAUAUUGAUCUUCAGAAGGUGGACAUUGACCAGUGUCCAAACGAACCUGGUGGGGAGCUGAACGUGUUUGCAAAUUCGGCCCGUUGUAAAACCGCUACAACAAAGUGUGUGCCAAUUAGCGGUCUGGGCUUCAGACGAGGCUCUUACAAAUGCGUCUGCAAAGAUGGAUUCUAUUUCCCAGAUACCAAAGCUCAGAAUAAAUACUUCAAUGGAUCGACCAUAGAAAUUAAAUACAGGGAGAAAGUCGACGGUAUUAACUACGAAUACGACAACAGCUUUGAUUGCCUCCAAUGCGCCGAGGGUUGUGAAACGUGCGAAGAUUCAAGCCCAUGUGUGUUAACGUUGAAUUGGAUACAGCGAGGCGUUAUUCUGGCAGUUUCCUGUGUCAUAAUGUGCUGUAUACCAGCCCUUAUUUGGUUUACAGUCAGAUACAGGGAUGUUAAGGUUUUGAAAGCAGCCUCGCCUGUCCUUCUUAGGAUAGUUCUUCUUGGUGCAUUUCUUCUCUAUUGUCCGCUCGUUGUCAGCUAUUUUGAGGCUAGCGUGGUGACAUGCUGCUUACGGUUCUGGUUCAGAGCUAUUGGAUUCUCGAUUUCAUACGGAGCACUUCUACUUAAAACGUGGAGGAUAUCAGUGGUAUUCCGUGUGAGGUCAGCCCAACGCAUCAAGAUCUCUGAUACAGACCUGAUGAAAAGGUUAUGCAUCAUCGUCCUCCUCUUUGGCGCCUAUUCCACGGCGAGGACAGUGGCAGGCCUACCCAGGGUUGUGCAAGGCAAACAUGCGAGUGGUUUAAAGGCAUUCCAGUGUUCGUCUGACUGGUGGGACCAUUCUGCGGCUAUAGCGGAGUUAUUGUUUUUACUGUGGGGUAUCCGACUCUGCAUUGUAGUCCGGAAAGCGCCAUCUGAAUUUAAUGAGAGUCGCUUUAUCAGUUGGGCAAUUUACAAUGAAACGCUUCUUUCCCUGUUCCUAAAUGUUUCUAUGAUAUUUCUACAGGAUCCGUUUCCAGCGAAUCCAGAUUUAUUGUAUCUAGUCAUCUUUAUACAUUCUAAUCUGACCACUACAGUCACUUUAGCGUUCCUUUUUGGGAGUAAGGCCUACUUGGUGUACAAGUACAGCGGGAAGAGCAGCGAAGUGCAACAUACCACAAUGAUGUCCAAAGGCGGAGGUUCGCGAAAUGCAUACAGCAAGCCUCCCGUUAACACGGACACGAACUGUUCCAAUGCUAACUCCACUUUUGACAGAUAUGCCGAUAAAUCUAUCAAUGAUGGAGAGUCAGAAAGUCUUUUGGAAAAAGAUAUUCAGGAAGAAUUCCGUCGCCUAUAUACGCAAUUAGAGACUCUUAAACAUAGAAACAUGAAAAUUGGUAACCGCCAUUUGCAGCAUAAAUUGUCUGCAAUGACGGAAGCUGCUCAGAAAGAUGACAGUCCAGAUGAAACAAAAUAUUUUACUCCGAGCAUGAACGGAAAGCGUGUUAUAAUCAAUCUGGAUGAUUUUAAGGAAUCCACCCGAUUGUAGGGUCGUUGCGCUUAAUUGGACGACAAUCAAUUGACAGUGAUAUGCAAAUUUAAAAGUGCGAUGGAAGUUCUCAACAAUUAAACGGAGCCGAUGAUCCAUAUGCCGAUACUUGAUGUUUUCUGAAGGAUUGUUGGUGCAAUGAAGUAAUGUGAAAGAACCAAGUGUUUUUGUUAUAUAAAUGAGCACUUGGGUUUGCUCUCAAGUCACAUAUGGUGUGUUUAACUGGAAACAACACAUUACAAAAAGAAGAGAUUAGGUUAGCGGUCCGAACAUUUGUAACAUCCAAGAAGGAAAGAAGGAAAUGCAGCUAAAUUGAAAUCAAAACAAGCACGUCGACAUUGCCCACUGCAAACAUGUAGAGUCUUUUUACGCAAUUAGUAACCUAAAGUAGUUUGCUUAGCAACUGUGUGAUGUUACUACUAUUUAUAUCAGCGUGCCCAUGUUACUAAUAUUUAUAUCAGUGUAUCGAGUGCAAUUCUUAAGUGUGAUACCAUUGGUUUUGAUGUGACAAAAUGUGUUUGAAUUUUUGACGAUAAACGUACGAUAAACUGUACAAUUAUAUAUAUAACAAUAUUUUUAACAAAUUUUAAUAAGUUCUGGUCUAGAUAAUUUAUUUCAUAAAUAUUGAUAUUGCAAGAAUGAUCAUCAGUGGGUCAAAUGUCAUUAAGUUGAAGAAAGAAUGGUGGUCAGAGAAAAACAACGUAUUGAAAAAAGUGUGUGCAAUGUGCAACUCGUCUUUAUAAACACGUUUAAAGUUAAAUUUUGAAACAUUGUACUAGUUUGUUUUAACAAAAUAUAUCUACUGCAAAGUUUUUCGUUUUGCAAUAAAUACAUUUCU